AUGCAAAUGUCUUCGCUGUUCAUAAUAGUGACUAUCUUCAUAGCGAUCUCCUACAUCAAGGGCUCGGAAACUCCACUAGAUGAGAAAGAAACUUUUAUAACGCUCAACAGUAUGUACACCAACGACCUGGUUUGGAGUGAUGAGUUGGCAGAAAAGGCACUGGAAUGGCUCAAGACACCGGAUCACCGAAGUAAAAUAAAAGCUGAUCUGAUUGUUGGAGGAAGAGGUCUGGUUGUUAAUGCGAAUGACAAGACUGUUUGGCAGAAAAUACUCGAUGUCUUAGAAAUCCAUUUCGAUGAAAAGGAAGCAGAGCGUUCUCCACCUAUCCCUUGGCGUAAAAUCAUUACGAAUCGUCCAUUCAUCGCUCACCUCAUUUCUACAUGGAUUCUCACUAAUGUUGUCACAGUCAUGAUGGUCUACUUGCCUACAUACUACAAAGAUGUACUGCUGUUGGGCGUUAUUAUGAAUGGUCUGUAUUCCUCGCUACCUAUGAUGUUUAACUUCGUGUUCAAACUCUCAUGGGGAGUCCUUGUCGAUAGGCUGAAGAGACGAAACGUCCUCACGCCAACAUUAGGAGUAAAAAUCUCGCAGUGCUUUCCAACUUUUGGUGUGGCUGCAGGACUAAUACCAGUGGCAUUACUAGCCACAUGUCAGCGGCCGGUUCUCGCUCUAGUUCUUCUCUGCUUUACAAACAUGUGUUUUGGAGCACACACAAGUGGUGCAUACACUUCUUUGCUCUCACUGGCUCCACGCUUCACUCCAACGUUGUCAUCAAUCAGCGUCAGCGUUUCGAUGUUGGCUCAGCUUACCACUCCCUUCAUGGUUGCUGCCGUCGUCUCGAUAGUUCGUUGA